AUGACAGACUCCACUACUUUACCAAAGAAAAUGAAGGCAGCCAUCGCAACAGGCUUUGGCGACAUUGACAAGAACAUCCAGGUGGUGGAAGAUUGGCCUGUUCCAACCUUGAAGGCCAAGGACGACAUCUUGGUGAAAGUCAGCGCCUGUGCUUUGGCACCUGGUGACGUUCGUGUACUCUCGGGCAAGACCGAUUGGAUCCAGCUACCCAAAGGAGGUCAUCCAUAUGUCGUAGGGGGCGACCUCAGCGGAGUGGUUAUCUCUUCCAACAGCAAGAAAUUCAAUCCAGGUGAUUAUGUCGUCUCACGCUUUGAGCUCCCAGGCCCAUCGGGAGCCCUGGGAGAGUACAAGGUAGUCAAGGAGAGCUUGACGGAGCAUUGCCCCGAAUCGAUUGAUCCAAUUCAAUCCUGUGGCUUAACCGCCAGCACCAUGGCUGCCAAGAAGAUUGUGGACCAAUGUGUCAACAAGGGAGAUCGAGUGCUGGUCAUUGGUGGCAGUGGCGCCGUUGGAUCUAGUGUGCUGCAAUACGCGAAAAUCGCAGGGGCCGCUCACAUCGUAGCUGUCUCGUCCCAAGAGGACUUGUGCAAGUCUUUGGGUGCAGACAGUGUCAUUGACUACCGCAAUCAGAACUGGUGGCAGAUGCCAGAAUACCAAACAGACCCGUUUGAUGUGGCAAUCGAUCUUGUCGGUGGAGAGAACUGGGAGCAAGGCGGAUGCUCAGGUGCAGCCAUCAAGCGCAAGGGCAUCUAUGUCGCCUUGCCACCUGGAGUCCAAUCCGAAAUCGAGCUACAUGGAUGCUGGGGCUUGGUAUCACUUUCUUUUCAAUGGUUGUGGCUUGUGUUGUGGACAACCUUGCACCCUAAAGUUCCUAGAAAUGUAAUGCCGGAUGGUCUUGAUUUGCGGGAUGGAGACUUGCGGGAGAUGCUGAACGAUGUGGUGGAAGGCAGGAUCAAGCCAGUUCUGGAUCCUUCGGGUCCCUUUGAAUUCAAUAAUGAUAGCGUCCGAGAGGCCUUCCAUUUGCAAGGGUCGAAGCAUGCACACGGCAAAGUUGUCGUCAAGAUCGCCGAUGCAUGA